AUGAGCAGUCAACGGGUCCCAAUAGCGUCUCAGCGCGUAGACGCCCCUCUCACGAAAUCAGCGACCUUUCUCGUUGUGACUGUGACUGACAAAUCCGAUGCCAUUGAAACUGUGCGCUCCACACUAGCAGGUAUAGACAGCCUGGCGAAGAAUGUAUCAAUACGGGACCUGAGCGCACAGUUCGCAUGCGCCGUCGGAAUUGGAAAUGACAUCUGGGAUCGUCUCACAGCCCUUCCCCGGCCAGCAGAACUGCGUCCUUUCCGCGAGAUCCAGGGCGCGAAACAUACCGCGAUCUCUACUCCGGGAGAUCUACUAUUUCACAUUCGCUCAGAGCGCCGUGAUAUCUGUUUUGAGUUUGAGCGCCAGUUGAUGGGUCGGCUUGGUGAUUCGGUCACUGUGGUCGACGAAACAGUCGGCUUUCGCUAUUUCGAUGUCCGUGAUCUUCUUGGGUUUGUGGAUGGUACGGCAAACCCGGUUGGCCUGGCUGUUCCUGCAUCUGUUCUUGUUGCAGAGGAAGAUGCUUCUGCCUCUGGUGGUAGCUACAUCGUUGUGCAGAAGUACAGCCAUGAUCUGCCCGGGUGGCAGGAUCUUUCGACGGAACAGCAAGAACAGAUCAUUGGUCGUACUAAGAUCGAUAAUGUUGAGUUGGAUGAUGCGGAAUCCGGACAGCGCUCUCAUAAGACUCUCAACACGAUUGAAGAUGAUGAUGGGAAUGAGUAUGAUAUUCUUCGCGAUAAUAUGCCCUUUGGCUCUCCUGCCUCUGGCGAAUUUGGAACUUAUUUUAUUGGCUAUAGUCGACGUCUAUGGGUCGUUGAGAAAAUGUUGGAGCGCAUGUUUGUUGGGGAUCCGCCGGGACUGCAUGAUCGUAUUCUUGAUUUCUCGAAGCCGUUGACUGGAACGACGUUCUUCGCUCCGUCUGCUAGUUUAUUAGCUAGUUUGGGGUCUGACUGA